GCGAUGGGCGGACCCGGUGGGCGGAGCCUGCAGGCCCUGAAGCCGAGGACUUAAGUGGGGAGAGAGCUGCUGCAGCCUGCGGGUGACAGGAGGCGGGUGGGAGAGCAGCGCCAGGGCCAGACUGCCCCCGCCAUCACUGCAGCAAUGGCCCGGCCAGUGGGCCGAGACGCUGGCCUGAAAGAAAAGGUGAAAAUGUUGCUGGGGUUUGGCCCCGCACGGGGAAAACCGAAGCACUCGGAGUGGAGACAGCCGGAGUACAUCAUCACUGCAGAAUUAUUAAAGGAGCUGGGCCCCGAAAGCGCGCUGAGCAUUCGUAUAAAAGCUAUGAAUCAGAUCUGUGAGCUGGCGAAAACCAAGAAAUUUGAGGACCAUGCAAUGGAAGCGAUAUGGACGUCCGUCUCAGAUCUUCUUGAGCUCGAUCAGCCAGCAGAGGGCAGGCUUAACGUGCUGAAUCUUUUGAAGAAUCUGAUCAUGGGACAGGGGGAGCGGCUGGGCUUUCUCCGCGCUCACUUUUUCCGCGUUAUUAAGGAUUAUCCCAGUAACGAGGACCUUGCGGAGAGACUGGAGGUCUUCAAAUCCCUUACAGACAAUGGACGGGACAUCACGUACCUUGAGGAGGAGUUGGCGGAGUUUGUCCUGCAGUGGAUGGAGGUCGGCCUGUGUCCGGAUUUCCUGCUGGUGCUGGUGAAUCUGGUGAAGUUUCACAGCUGUUACCUAGAACGAUACAUUGCUCCUAUGGUGCAUAUGAUUUGUCUGCUAUGCAAUCGAACCACAUCUUUCUAUGACAUUGAGGUCUCGCUGAAGGUCCUGGACGCGGUGGUUUGCUAUAACUGCCUCCCCUCCGAGAGCAUCCCCACCUUUGUUAUUACGCUGUGUCGCACAAUCAACGUGAAGGAGCUUUGCGAGCCCUGCUGGAAGCUAAUGCGAAACCUCCUGGGCACUCAUCUGGGCCACAGUGCAAUUUAUACCAUGAGCCGAAUAAUGGAGGACAAAGCGUAUUGGGAGGACGCGCCCUUGCUGAGAGGAGCGGUGUUCUUCGUUGGGAUGGGGCUGUGGGGAGCACACAGACUGUUUUGUUUAAAGAACUCGCCGAUAUCUGUGCUUCCCUCCUUCCUGAAGGCUAUGAAUUGCCCAAACGCAGUGGUUUCCUAUGAGAUCGUCCUGUCCAUCACACGACUCCUCAAGAAGUAUGGGAGGGAGCUGCAGGCUGUCACGUGGGACGUCCUCCUGGAUAUCAUCGAAAGGUUAUUCCAGCAGCUACAGGUGCUGCGCAGUCAUGAGCUAAAGGCCGCUGUACACAACCUGCUGACCGCUGCAGAAGAGCUUCAUAACCAAAGUGACUUCCAUGGGGACGAGGAGAGGUUCUUUGAACUUGUGGAACGGAACUCUGAUGAGCGGCCUGUUAGCUCUGUUGUCAAUCUUAUAGCUUACAGAGCUCAGUCCAUCCACCCGGGGAAGGAAUGCUGGGUUCAGGACCUGCAGAAGCUCAUGGAGAAGUACUUCAGGAACCAGUCUCGCUGCAGUGUGCGCACUAAGGUGCUGGCCGUCCUGUCCAAUGCGCUGAGCAUUAAUAGGCAGUUCUACGAGGAGGAACUGAUUGAGAAAGUUGUGACGUGUCAGCUGGCCCAGAUCCCGGAGGAUAAAGAUCACCAAGUACGAAAACUUGCCACCCAACUCCUCGUGGACUUGGCCAAAUGUUGCCACUCUUGCCAUUUUAACAGCCUGAUGGACAUCAUUGAGAGGGUGGUAACUCGUCCGCUGUCCCUACCACCCGAGUGUGCAGGGCAGGAUGCUUCUUCUUUGGAAGAUGUGAAAACGUCUGUGCUGGGCCUGAUGGUGAUACUGCAGACCAAGCUGUAUAUCCUUCCCGCUGGCCACGCCGUUCGGGUGUACGAGAUGCUGGUCAACCACAUCCAGCUGCACUACAGGAACUUGUACAAUUCCUCCAUCGCCAGCAGCAUCCGCCUCCAGGUGUUUGAUUUCUUCUUGCUCCUGCGAGCUGACUCUCUUAGACGUGUCGGCCUUCCCAGCAAAGACGGAGCUGUAAGAUUCAGCCCCUACUGCCUCUGUGAAAUUGUGAACGAACCUGAGAAGAGGCCGACUGACAGGAAGCCAGCUGGUACUUUGUCACCUCCGACUGGGAGCCCAAGCCUCUCCUCCCAGAGUGCGUCUCCGCGCAUGGGCUCUAUGCCUUUCUCCCUUGCCUUUGGGGUCAUACUGCAAUGUCUGAAGCAGGAGACAGACUGGAAAGUCCUCAAGCUGGUUCUCAACAAACUGCCAGAGUGCCUCCGAUACAAGCUGCUCAUCCUGUCCUCCCCCUGCAACAUCGAUCAGCUUUCCUCAUCCCUCUGCACUAUGCUCUCGGACCGAAGUGCAAAUGAUCGCCUUCACAAUACACCCGACGGUUUCUCACGUACGGACCUCCAGCUGGCGGUGGUCCCUGUGUUGACUGCGCUGACCUCAUAUCACACUCACCUGGAGAUCAGUAAACAGAGGGAAAUGGUGCAUUGCCUGGAAACUGGCCUCAUCUAUCGCUGUGCCAAGCAAUGUGUGGUUGCCUUGUCCAUGUGUAUGGUAGAGAUGCCGGGCAUCCUGAUAAAAUCGCUCCCGGUGCUCAUUGUCAAACUGACUCACAUUUCCGCCACAGUCACCAUGGCUAUCCCCAUGCUGGAGUUCCUGUCUACGCUGGUCCGCCUGCCUCACCUUUAUGGAAACUUUGCAGCAGAGCAGUAUGCCAGCGUCUUCGCCAUCUCGCUUCCUUACACCAAUCCGUCCAAGUUUAACCAGUACAUUGUGUUCCUGGCCCACCACGUAAUUGCCAUGUGGUUUAUCAGAUGUCGGCUGUCCCUGAGAAGAGACUUUGUGCCUUAUAUAACAAAGGGUCUGCGCUCUAAUGUCCUGCAGAGCUUUGACGACACACCCGAGAAAGGGAGUUUCCGAGCACGGAGUACCAGCCUGAAUGAGAGGCCUAAAAGCUUGAAGCUAUCUAAACAUGCCAAGCCGGCUUUGAAUGACUCCUCCCCAGUGAAGGAGAUGAGAGACCUUUCCAGUGCCUUUCGAUCUCGCAGCAUCAGUGUCUCGGAGCGUGCUGCUUACAGCCGGAUGCAGACCUCCGUUACCAGCUCCAGCCUGAGCUCAGCAGAUGAAAGCUCCAUGGCCCAGGCCGACGACAGCCUGAAAAAUCUUCACCUAGAGCUAACGGAGAUUUGCCUGGACAUGAUGGCUAGAUACGCCUUCUCCAACUUCACCGCAGUCCCGAAAAGGUCCCCGGUUGGAGAGUUCCUACUGGAUGGUGGAAGAACGAAGACCUGGCUCGUUGGGAAUAAAUUGGUGACUGUGACAACCAGUGUGGGGAGGGGAACACGUUCACUUCUUGGCUUGGAUACUGGUGAUGUCCCUAAGGAGGGGGAUUCUGAAUUCGGGGCACCCAUGCCAGCAGAACAAGUCCGAGAAGCUCCUAAGAUAGACCUGCAAGCGAGAAAGCAGGGUAUGCAAACGUCGCGUCAUAGAGUCCGCUCUAUGUCCGGUGGACACGGCCUACGCGCUGGUGCUGAAGGCAGUUCCUUGUCCUCUCCUGGGGGGACAGGAAGCAGAACGGAAAAGACUCCCCAUAGGGUACAGGUGAAGAAAGAGAAGGCCACGUUGGCUGACUUUGUGCCGGUGUUGACACAGGGCUGGGCAGAGGUGCUUGUACGCAGACCUACAGGUAAUACCAGCUGGCUGAUGAGCUUGGAGAACCCGCUCAGCCCCUUCUCUUCAGACAUCAACAACAUGCCCCUCCAAGAACUGUCUAAUGCCCUGAUGGCAGCAGAGAGGUUUAAGGAGCAUCGAGAGACUGCUCUGUACAAGUCCCUCUCCAUGCCUUCCUCCACGCUGAGCUCUACUGCAAGCAAACCUACACUGCUCCAGAGAUCGAACACCGUGGCUUCUAUCUCUCUCGCCUCCCAGUCCAGUGGUCAAGGGAAGCUGCUUAGGAGCAUUUCCUGGGCAGAAUCCUCAGUUGUGCCAGAGGAGGGCGCCCAACUAGACGGCGAAGCCGAUAUCGCUUCUCCAAGUGGAUCUCAAGAGCUAGAUGACUUUGAAGCAGUGGCUAAUGAGCCCACCAGUGAAGAAAAGAAGACUGAUGGUAUCAGCAGGUCGUCCUCCACCUCCAGUCAAGAAGAGUCUGCAGCCCAACCAUCAGAAGAUCUGGAACUUGGUGGGAUUCCUAUUGAAGGCUCUGCACGUGAAAUUCCUUUUCAGCCCUCACAGACACUUAGCAAGUCCAGUUCGUCCCCUGAACUCCAGACCUUGCAGGAGCUUCCCAGAGAACCGGACACCAAAGAAAAUAUCAGUGCUCCACCUGUAGAACCAAAACCCGUUCCGCAGAGCCUCGGCAUAGAACUGCCUACCAGCCAGAUAAGCAGACCUGAAGAAGGUGGCCUUACUGCAGCCACACCUAAAUCAGAAGUAGGUUCCAGGUUGGAACCAGGGCUAUCACCGCAAUCUCUCCAGUCUCCUAGUGGACAUCGUCCAAGGGGACAUACCAUUUCUGACUCCGAACCUUCCAGACGAGGGAGAAGGAUUAAUGUUGAUGCUUUUAAGAACAGCACUAAGGCUACAAAAGCUGAUAAAGUGCCAGGAAUAGACCCAAGCUUUGUGUUCUUGCAGUUGUACCACUCUCCGUUCUUUGGUGACGAAUCCAACAGGCCCAUACUGGUCCCGAAUACCCAGACCUUUGAAAGGACUAUGAAGCUGCUAGAUCAGAUCCCAUCCUAUGACACACACAAGAUUGGCGUUUUGUAUGUUGGAGAAGGACAGAUUGGCGAUGAGCGGGCGAUCCUGUCCAAUGAGCAUGGUUCAUACAGAUACACACAAUUCCUGACCGGCUUGGGAAAGCUGAUUGAGUUGAAAGACACCCAGCCUGAUAAGAUCUUCUUGGGAGGACUGGGAGGAUGUGGAGAUGACGGGCAAUUCACCUACUGCUGGCAUGAUGACAUCAUGCAAGUCAUUUUCCAGAUCACUACCCUGAUGCCCAACAAUGAGAUAGACCCUUACCGCUGCAACAAGAAGAGGCAUGUCGGCAACAACUUUGUGAACAUAGUGUACAACGAUUCAGGAGAGCAUUAUAAACUGGGCACCCUUAAGGGCCAGUUUAACUUUGUGGAUGUGAACAUUCAGCCCUUGGACUGUGAAAGCAACUUGGUGACACUCCAGUGUCGGAAAGAUAUGGAAGGUCUUGUUGAUAUCUCUGUGGCCAAAAUUGUGUCUGAUAAAAACCUGCCAUUUCUGGCCCGUCAGAUGGCGCUGCACUCCAACAUGGCUUCUCAGGUACACCACAGUAGAUCAAAUCCCACAGAUAUUUAUCCUUCGAAGUGGAUUGCCAGGCUGCGGCACAUUAAGAAGAUCAGACCCAAGAUCCAGGAGGAGCGUUUGGAAAUGACCGCGAACAUGCCGUAUCCCAUGCACAACCUCUCAAACAGACCCCCCCAGCAGAACCAACCAUCUGCCGGCGGCUCUUUCGAAACCGGGCAGCGGACGCGGCUUAUAUCGGCUGUGGACGAUUUCACAGAAUUUGCGUGAAACUUGGAUACUGAGGAGCAGCUGGGGAUUCGCUGGAUUGAUGGAAAGGUACGCCAUGUGGCCCCCAAGACGGCGGAACAUGUCCGCCGAAACUACGGACUACUAAAUGCCGAACACUAAACUUCCUGCCAUCGGGACGUAUGUAGCAGCUUUUUAAGAGACUCGAAAUUUUAAAUUAUUUUCAGUACUGGAAUAAAAUCCUAAUUUAUUGACUACUACUCACCUGCAAGGUGUAAUUGGUACAGCCAGAGCAUAGACUGAGAGGUCCACUUGUGUGAUCAUUGGCUGACCCGGAAGGUGCCAUCGUUGCUUAUGAAUUCUUGUUUUCUGCACAAUUACAAAUAAAACGUAAAAAAAAAAA